GAACGCUGGCCGAAAGGGCCGGUGACCCGCUCAGUCGCAAGCCUACCGCACCUCCGAGUUCACGUCCUCUUUCUACCAGUGUUAAGGGCACUGUUGCGAGGAAAGAGCGCGGUUUCUCUGCCUCGACGUCCACAUCCCGCGCCGGAUCACGACCUGCCUCACGAAACGCAACUGUGCCAUCAUUCAGUGCAAGCAUGGGCCCAGGCGCAAAGGCAUCGAGACCUAGAUCAGCCUACGGACAGUAUGCCGGCACACAUGUGCGCAGCAAGUCCCAUCAUUCGACCGCUCGUCCUGCGACAUCAAUGAUCCGACGGGACGAGGACGACGACGAUGAAGAAGAGAGAGACUUCUAUGACGAUCGAAUGGAGGCUAUGGAGCGACAGUUCAGCGCUUUCAAAGAGAAGAUGGAGACAGACAUGCAAAAGGCGACAGAUCAGAAGGAAAGCAUUCAGCAGCUCCAAAGCCGAGUCACGGAACUCGAAGCCAUUCGGGCCCGCCUGGAGAGUGUCAACAGAGACCUAGAGACCGACCUAAAGGAUGCCAAAAGUUGCAUGAAGACAAUGGAGAUGGAGAUGGAGAUGACCAAACGAAACACCGCGUUCGAAGCUGACGAUAUCCGGCGCAAGCACCGCAACGAGAUCGAAGACCUUGAGAACAAGCACGAAAAAGCGACCCAUCGAUGGCGAUCAGAGAAGGAGGCAGCGGAGGAGAAGGUCCGCAGAAAUUUUGAGGCGCAAAUCGACAAGCUCCUGAAAGAGCACAAGGAACAACUGGACGGACUGAACGCGAAACUCUCGAAGGAGACCGAGACGGAGCGAAACCGACAACUGCAGAAAGAGCAGGAAGUGGAGGCCGAGUAUGCCUCGAAGCUGCGAGCUGCUGGCAUUGAGGCUGAUGCGAAGCAGCGGGAACUGCAGCUGGUUCAGGGAGACUUGACCAACGUGAAAUCGGAGCUGGAUAGAGAACGAGCGCUGAAGACCGCGCUUCAAGGACAGCUGACGGAUGCGACGACGAAGAACCUCACACUCGAAUCGUCGAAUACAGCCAUGAAGGAGAAGAUCAACUUUCUCGAAUCAGACAGCCAGGCCCAAUCAUCAGCCUACAAUGACCUCCACAGGCGCAUGCAGGAAGCCAUCGAAGCUGCUGAGCAGGCGCACGAUAAGCUGCGACAAGAGGAGACAUUGAGACGAAAGCUCUUUAACCAAGUGCAAGAGCUGAAGGGCAACAUCAGGGUGAUGUGUCGUGUACGACCAGCACACGCAUCCGAGUCCGACCCGGCCAAAAUAUCCUUCCCUGACAGCGACACUGACAGCAAGGAGGUGGCAAUCCAGGGACCAGAGAAGAUCAGCGCAACUGGCAAGGACAUCACCGCCGCGUAUCAGUACUCAUUCGACCGAGUUUUCGGCCCCGCCUCACAAAACCUGGAGGUUUUCGAUGAAAUCAGCCAACUGGUACAGAGCGCUCUCGAUGGCUACAACGUGUGCAUCUUCUGCUACGGUCAGACCGGCUCCGGUAAGACGUAUACAAUGUCUUCGGCAGACGGCAUGAUUCCUCUCGCGACAGCGCAGAUCUACGCCGAGGCCAAGCGCCUCGAAGAGAAGGGCUGGCGCUACAAGAUUGAAGGGUCAUUCAUCGAAGUCUACAAUGAAACCUACAACGAUCUACUUGGCCGUUCUGAGGACCUCGACAAGAAGAAGGUCGAAGUCCGACAUGACGCAGCAAAGAAGCAAACCAAUCUUGAGAACACAGUCAGUAUCGAACUAGAUGGGCCUAAUCGAGUCACUGAGCUCCUAAAGACGGCCGACAAGAACCGAACGGUAGCUGCUACAAAAGCCAAUAUGCGCUCAUCUCGAUCUCACUCUGUCUUCAUUUUGAAGCUUGUUGGUACCAACGGCAUCACUGGCGAGAGGAGUGAAGGCACACUCAAUCUGGUCGAUCUUGCUGGCUCCGAACGUCUCGAGCACUCGAAGGUGGAAGGCGCACGCCUCAAGGAGACUCAGAACAUCAACAAGAGCUUGAGCUGUCUCGGCGAUGUCAUUAACGCCCUUGGGUCGGCGAAGGAGGGCGCGCACAUCCCGUACAGGAACUCGAAGCUGACAUACCUUCUCCAAUACUCACUUGGCGGCAACUCAAAGACUCUCAUGUUCGUCAUGGUCAGCCCACUGCAAGCACAUCUGCAAGAGACAGUCACCAGUCUCAAGUUCGCGACAAAGGUGCACAACACACAUAUUGGUACCGCGAAGAAGCAGACCAAGACCGCGUAGUUGGUGCCAUCUAAAGGAAGUUUGCGCGAUGUUGAUGAAGUAUGGUUUAUGGUGUUACUUGUGUACGUAUUCUUCCUGCAGCGACUCUUGAAGUGUUCGAGGUCGUAUCGCUAUCAUAUCUGUUGGAUGUUUUCACGGCGUGUCUGGAACCGGAGGGAGCAUUCGCGGCCCAUGGCUGGCUCCUCCCUCAUGAUUGCGCACUAUACCGG